AUGAAUGACGAAAUCUCUGUCCCCGACCAAAUUAUAGCGGUGCUCAAUUCCACCAAAUACUGGGUCGGGAGACUGGGACUCGGGGUACAGCAAACUCGUUUCGAUGGGACUGUGGACCAUUUAUCGUUGCUAUCAAGUCUGGCUCAAGAUCGUAGCUUCAUCCCGAGCCACAGCUAUGGAUACACGGCCGGUGCCAUCUAUCGGCUUACAAGCGUUCCAGCGUCUUUGAUACUUGGAGGGUUUGACGGAAACCGAUUCGAAGCCAAUAACAUGACCUUCACUUUAAAUGCAGAUUAUGCCCCUGUUGUAGCCAUGAACACGAUAUCGGUUACAGCGAAUGCCGAUGGCCCAUUGCCCAUCAACUGGGAUUCUAAUCCGGUCUCAUUGAUGGAUAGUUCUGAAUCUGCUACCUUUACUAUUGACUCUUCCACUCCAUUCUUAUGGCUGCCACAAACUGUCUGCGAUAGUUUUGCCAAAGCCCUCAACCUCACUUACGAUGACAACCUGCAACUUUAUUUAUACAAUAAUGAAACCUCAACCCUGAAUACACUCAAAUCCUGGAAGCUGAAUUUUACGUUUGGGAUUAAUACCUCCCCAGAUGCCUCGGACGACCUCUAUCUCAAUCUGCCUUUUGCCGCCUUCGACCUCCAACUGUCGUACCCUUACCCAAACCUCGACGCCAACUUCACAACACCACCCACCAACUACUUUCCAUUACGUGUUGCAACUGACCGGACACAAUAUAAAAUCGGUCGUGCCUUCUUACAGGAGACCUACCUCACCGUUGACUAUGAGCGUAACAAUUUCUCAUUGUCACAAGCAGUCUUUACAGACUUUGCAGUCAAUAACGUCAACCUUGUGGCGAUAAAUCCCCCGGAGGACAGCAUCUGGCAACCAGCGCCUGGGGUAUCAGACGAACCAUCAUCGUCAAUGUCAUCAUCAUCAUCACUCUCUACAGGGGCUAAGGCCGGUAUUGCAGUCGGGAUUGUCAUAGUUGUUUUGCUCAUAGCGUUAGCAAUUUGGUAUUUCUGCAUCAAGAAGAAGCGACACAACGACGAUAAAGCAGCCGAGAGCACACCAAGAACGGGGUUCUUCAGUAGGCUGCAUCGGACACUCGAUUCCAAGACCUCAGUCUCAGAGCUUCUUGGCGAUAAGCGACAUCCGACUGAAGUACCAGCGGAUGCAUCAGCAACUCGCUUCGAGAUGGCCGCGGUGGAGGAUGUUUCCUCGAGAUAUUUCCAGCGAGAUGGAUCAAUACCACGAAACGAUCCUCGAAAUCCAGCUGAACUAGAGAACCAAGACAUAUCUGCCAAAGCCGCCGAGGCCGCCGCCAUCAACGCAUCAGGCAGUCAACGAUCGGCCUCUCCUGUUCCUCCUUAUUCGCCUGCAGACAACCCUAAUAGAAACAGCGAUGGCAUAAGUCCGUAUACUCCUCGAAACAGUCACGGCUUCGGGACAGUAUCUUCUGGAGAGCAAGGUAUCAGCCCUGUCGGCGGAAGUAGCAGUGGCAACUCGCCUAGAUCCAGUAACUCCAGAGCGCUCUCUAGUCCCAUCUCACCAGAAGCCACCAUGGCGAGACCACUGCAUGACAGAUCUCCCAGGCCCUCCAGCAACGGAUCCUCUACAACCCACGGCAGUGCCAAUUUGAUGGUGCCACAAUUAAACGGUCGUCCUGUAUCGAGAUCACCGAGUACUGGCAGCAGAUUUGUGGAGCAAGGGCUGACAGCCGUGGCGGAAGAGCAGGCACCGACCAGUCCUCCUACGACCAGCCCGAAGACUCCCGGCCCAAGGUUUAGUUGGGAACAGUGA